CCCGCCGCGCCCCGCGCGCGCCCGCGCCUCGUCUUCCGCGCGCAGCUGGCGCACGGCAGCCCCACGGGCAAGAUCGAGGGCUUCACCAACGUCCGCGAGCUCUACGCCAAGAUCGCCGAGGCCUUCGGGAUCGCGCCCACCGAGAUCCUGUUCUGCACCCUGAACAGUCACAAGGUGGACAUGCAGAGGCUGCUGGGCGGCCAGAUCGGCCUGGAGGACUUCAUCUUCGCCCACGUGCGCGGCGAGACCAAGGAGGUGGAGGUCACCAAGACGGAGGACGCGCUGGGGCUGACCAUCACCGACAACGGCGCCGGCUACGCCUUCAUCAAGAGGAUCAAGGAAGGCAGCAUCAUCAACCGCAUCCAGGCCGUGUGCGUGGGCGACAGCAUUGAGGCCAUCAACGACCACUCCAUCGUCGGCUGCCGCCACUACGAGGUCGCCAAGAUGCUCCGCGAGCUGCCCAAGUCGCAGCCGUUCACCCUGCGCCUGGUGCAGCCCAAGAGAGCCUUCGAUAUGAUUGGCCAGAGGAGCCGGAGCAGCAAAUGCCCGGUGGACGCGAAGGUGACCAGCGGGAGGGAGACCCUGCGGCUGCGUUCUGGGGGGGCUGCCACGGUGGAGGAAGUGCCCAGUGAAUUCGAGGAGGAGGCAUCGGGGAGGGUGGACGACCUGCUGGAGAGCUACAUGGGCAUCCGGGACCCAGAGCUGGCGUCCACCAUGGUGGAGACGUCCAAGAAGACGGCCAGCGCCCAGGAGUUUGCGCGCCAUUUAGACUCCGUCUUGGGCGAGUUUGCCUUCCCCGACGAGUUCGUGGUGGAGGUGUGGGCCGCCAUCGGCGAGGCCAGGGAGGCCUGCGGCUAGGCUGCUCCGGGGCGGCCCGCAGCCCCAGCCCCGAGCCCCGGCCCCCGCCCCCGCCCCAGCCCUGCUCCAGAACUCAGCCCUCCUCCAGAGCCCAGGACAUCUCUGAGACCGAGUUCACGUCUAGAACCCAAACCAAUUCCGAGACCAAGCCCAGCUCUAGACCCCAGGCCAGCUCUGAGACUAAGAUCAUCUCGAGAACCCAAUCCAGUUCAGAGACCCAGCCCAGCUCCAGAAGCCAGCCCUCCUCUAGCACCCAGGAGAGCCCUGGGGCUAAGCCCAGCUCUGACAUCAAGUCGAGUUCUGGAACCCAGACAAGUUUUCAGACCCAGCCCAGCUCUGGGAUC